GAGUAUAUGUUGAAGUGAUAAGAGGAACAAAAACGGUGAAAGUGGAGAAAAUCAUUGACUACACAACAAAAGUUGAUUCCUUUGGAAAAGAAAACGAAUAUAGGAAAUUGGCAAGUGGCGUUCCCCUUUUUGAAUUAAAAUUUGGAUUACAAGAGAUUGUAGUGUACUAUUUAUUGGGGGAGAAUUUGAUCGGAGAAAAAUGGCGAUGGCGGGUUUGUAUCGCCGAGUUCUUCCAUCUCCUCCGGCUAUUGAUUUCGCUUCUAAUGAAGGAAAGCAACUUUUUUUGGAGGCCAUCCAGAAUGGAACAAUGGAAGGAUUUUUCAAGUUGAUCUCUUAUUUUCAGACACAAUCUGAGCCAGCAUAUUGUGGUUUGGCUAGCCUUUCCAUGGUCUUGAAUGCCCUUGCUAUUGAUCCCGGAAGAAAAUGGAAAGGGCCUUGGAGAUGGUUCGAUGAAUCCAUGUUGGACUGCUGUGAGCCAUUGGAGAAGGUUAAAGCUAAAGGGAUCUCCUUUGGGAAAGUGGUAUGUUUGGCUCACUGUGCAGGAGCGAAGGUGGAAGCUUUUCGCUCUAAUCUUAGCACCAUUGAUGACUUCCGUAAACAUAUCAUGGCCUGCACAACUAGUGAUGAUUGUCAUCUGAUCUCAUCUAAUCAUCGAGGACUUUUUAAACAGACAGGUUCAGGCCACUUUUCACCUAUUGGUGGUUAUCACGCGGAAAAGGAUAUGGCACUGAUUCUAGAUGUUGCAAGGUUUAAAUAUCCCCCUCACUGGGUUCCCGUCCCUCUCCUUUGGGAAGCCAUGAACACAAUUGAUGAAGCUACAGGAUUACAUAGGGGGUUUAUGCUUGUCUCUAAGCUUCAUAGAGCUCCUGCACUGCUAUAUACCCUGAGUUGUAAACAUGAGAGUUGGGUCUCUAUCUCAAAGCAUUUGAUGGAUGAUCUUCCUGUCCUCCUAAGUUCUGAGAAUGUGAAGGACAUAAAAGAUGUUCUCUCUACUCUUCUUUCAAAUCUACCUCCCAAUUUUGCUGAAUUCAUAAAGUGGGUAGCAGAAGUUCGAAGGCAAGAGGAGAAUGGUCAAAAGCUGAGUGAAGAGGAGAAAGGAAGGCUAGCAAUCAAGGAAGAGGUAUUGAAACAAGUGCAGGACACUCCUCUUUAUAAGCACGUCACAAGCCUUUUACUUUCAGAAGAUUCUGUCUAUCAGUUAAAAGCAGAAAUGGAAAGCAGUUUGACCAAUGUUGCUGCGAGCAUUUGUUGCCAAGGAGCAGACAUUUUUGCAGGAAGGUCUGGUUUGUCGGAUAGGUUUUGCUGUCGCCAAACAUGUGUCAGAUGCUACAGAGCUACGGGGGACAAUCCUGCUACAGUGGUGUCUGGGACAGUUGUAAAUGGGAAUGGGAAUGGGGAGCAGGGGGUUGAUGUACUGGUCCCUACAUCUCAGGCAAAGACUAGCUGCUGUUCUUCGGGGCAAAAUGGUUGCUCACCAAUGCACCCUGGAAGCAACGAUGUGCUGACAGCACUGUUGCUGGCAUUACCUCCACAAACAUGGUCUCACAUAAAAGAUAUGAAAGUCUUGCAGGAGAUAGAGAACCUUGUCUCAGCAGAAAACCUGCCUCCUUUGUUGCAAGAAUAGAUUUUGCACCUGCGAGGGCAGUUCCUCCUGCUAAAGAGAUGCAAGGAUAACAAGGUAGAAGAAGAUUUAGCUGCACCUCCCUUUUAGUUUGCUUUCCUAGGCUAUUAUAAAUACAUUGUUCUGAUGUGAGAUUCAGAUCACAUCACUGUAAUUUUUUCAGACUUAAAAUUCACCAAAGCACCAUGAUAUCAUAAGCUGCAAAACAAAAUGCAGAUGUCCUACUUCCUUUCAUUUUUAUAGGUUUGGUAAAAUCAAGAACCACAAGGCGCGUCCCAUGGAGCUGGAAAUCUCUGUGGAGAUCCAUUUGGUCAAGCAGCUCUUUGGCAUAAAAUGCAUGCCAUGAAGAAUGAGACGGUGUUGAUCUAUCCUGGAAAGUCCAGUUCAUUUGUUAACGGUGGGGGUACGUUACACUCAUGAUACGAGAAACCUUACUGUGAAGCUUUUAUGCCCUUCGAGCUCUCAGAUUUACAACGUAUUGACCAGGACUUCAUUGUAUGUGCACAAGUUGCUGUUCAUUUUCUCAUUUGUCUAUGUAAAUUUAGGAUUUAUUUGCCAUGUAUGUUGGUGUAAUCAUCAUAUCAUAUGAUAUAUUAAAAGUGAGAAGUUCCAACCUUAAGUUGGAUUA